AUGUCCAACUCGAGCAGGGUGGUGCUGGCGCUGGGGGGGGCGGGGACGGUGGGCUCCGGGGUCGUCAAGGCUCUGCUGGACAAAGGUUUUAAGGUGGCAGUGAUCUCCAGGGACAGCAGCCGACUGGAGAGACUCCGGACGUUCAUCUCUCCGAGCACAAAGGAAAACCUCACCACUCUAGUGGGGGAUGUGGGGUCCGAGGAGGGGGCGGAGCUAGCCAAGCAGGCGCUGCUGGACGCCGUGGGGAAGGUGACGGACGUGGUUUCCUCUCUGGGCUUCAGCUGGUGGCAGGGAGGCCCCCCCCACACGCAGUCCGUCAAGGAGCUCCAGUGGGUGAUGGAGACCCUCCUCUUCAGCACGUUUGUCUCAUGGAAGACCUUCUUCCCGCUGGUGAGGGACGACGCCCACUGCACCUACACCUUCAUCACAGGAGGAGCAGGAGAUAAGAUGCUGAUGCCAGGAACUGGUUUCCUGACGGUGGGAGCUGCCAGCGCUCUGGCUUUCUGCCAGGUUCUACGAGAGGAGUACCCCGACGUCCCCUGUAAACUGAACCAGGUGAAGAUCAACACAGGCGUAGCGGCUCCAGAGCGGAUGGCUCCUGGUUACCUGAACCAUCUGGACCUGGGCGAAACUGUCGCCGCCCUGGUGGAGAAGAGAGACACCUCCCACAAGGUCUUCAACAUCCGCUGCCCUGCUGACCUCAAAACCGUCCUUCUGGAGAGGAACCUGUAGACUCGCAGACGCCACCUUGUGGUCACAGUCUGCUCUGACUCGACUCUCUAGAAGCAGAUGUGUGUUCUCUUCUCUCACGGCUCUGAACCGUCCUUGCACAUCUUCAUCUGACUUGUUGUAUAUCUUUUAAACUAACACUGUAAACGUCGUCCCGCUCCUUGUUCUUAGAUCUUAGCUACGUUUACUUUGCAUGAACUGUUGUGACGCUUGUAAAAAAAAUAACACAAAGGAUUUAUUAUA